UUUCGUUCUUUGUCACUAUGUAAUCUCGUAAAUACAAAACUACAAUGAAAAAAUCGCGAAUCGUUUGAAUCAUCCCCACUGACGAGUCAUUUCCCAUCUAAUCAGAGUGAUUUUUGUACUGUACAUCACGAAAUCUCCCACUGAAGUCUCAAAUGGGCUCCUUGUAGAAACAAAUCAAUUUUUCUACAGUCUCAUAUCAUCUUUUUGGAACAAGUUUUCGAUAUAAGAAUUUUUUAAAUGGCUUGGCUGGGAUUUGGUGCACUCGCAACUGGAGCAGUGCUGCAUCGCAUUUUAGGAGGCGAAACACCUCCGAACAAAGUUCAGGAAAUCAAAACGGAUGGACAUGGAUCGCUAACGGUGCUUCUUCGUGACGAUAAUUUGAUUUUGUAUGGACCGUCGGCAGGUCAGGGCGACCGAAGAGCUGUCUACGAAAUUAUUUUGCAUCGCCCGUACUCGGAACAAGCCAACGUCUAUGGAUACAGCUUGUAUCGUGCGCAAACAUUGGAAGAUGCCGAGGAAAAAUUUAAUUUGCUGUUUCAAAGGCUUCCCGCUUUCGUGGCUAUCGUUAAGGAUAUGUACAACGUAAAUGGCUUGCAAAAAAUCUGUGACGCUUUGAUUGAGAACCAAUCGUGGUCUCUUACGCACUUGGUUGCCUACUUUAAUCUCACACAAUACCUCAUGCAUCCAACAAUUCUCGAGAAUGUUGAUUUGCCCGAUCAUGUCAGUUACAUGACGCCGCUGCAACUCGCAAUUAAAUCCAACAACAUUGAAAUGGUCAAGGUUUUGCUUCCGCUGGUCAAGUUGGAGCAUCUGGACAUUAACAGCAACUCCAUUUAUCAUUUCGCCGCAGAAACGACCAAAGAACUGAUAAACCUCCUCGCUGCAAAAAGUACUGAAAACUUGAAUCAUCUCAACUCAGAUGGGUACACUCCGCUUCAUCUUGCAUGCAUCAAAGACAAGCCCGAGUGUGUUAAAGCUCUCUUACUUGCGGGAGCUGAUGUCAACAUCACCGCAAAACACAAUAACGUGACCAACAAGACACAAAGCAGUGCAAAUCGCAGUCCUCCAAUGGUUGCAAAUGGCACUGUCAUGACCGAACGAGGUCCUCAGGUGAACCGAACGAAUCCCGGAUCUGUCGCGGAUUUCCUGCAAAACAAUCAGAACAAACUCUUUACGAGCGACAUGAAAUACGGCGGCACUCCCUUACACUGGAGCUCAUCUCGCGAAGUCUUGAGUGCUCUCAUUAAUCGAAAUUGCGACGUAAACGCUUUGAAUUUCAACCAACAAACCGCUUUGCAUGUCAUGGUUUCACGCGAACGUCUGGAUUGCGUCGUGUGUUUGUUGUCGCACGAAGCGGAGAUUAAUUUAAAAGACAAAGACGGAAAUACCGCACUUCACAUUGCCGUCGAGAAAAAGAACAUUCCCAUUGUCCAGGCACUCGUUGUCUUUGGAUGUGAUAUCGAUAUGCCGAAUCACGAAGGCAAAACGCCGCGACACAUGGUUGGCAAAGACGCCAAUGGCACGAAUGACGACAUGAUUUUGUACAUUUUGCAUUCAGUUGGCGCGAAACGUUGCAGUGAUGCGAAAAAAGAUUGCCCGCCGGGAUGCAAUGCGACUGGGACGUACAACGGAAUUCCGCCAGCGCAACCCGAAACGAUGGAUACGCGAGAUCACAUUCAAACUGUGUUGCAAAGUACGAGCAAGAAUCGCAAGGAAAGUGUCAUGAACGCUCUAAAUUCGCUGAAACCCAAGGAAGAUGUGAGUUUUGUUGAUAUAACGCCCGAGCAAAAGGGCGCCAGUGUCAUGGAUGCGCUUCUUUCGAUGUUCACGGGCAAAGUCGCUGUUGCGAAAUGUGAUGCUGCCACAUCUAGCAGUCGAAAAAGUACUCCAACGACCCCAUCUCCAAGCACUUCGAAGGUUGCCAGUACCGAAGAGGAGCCUGUAGUUGUUGUCAGUGACGAUAGUGACGUCGAGAUGAUCGGAGCACCCGAAAAAAUGGAAGAAGAAAAACCUUUUUACGGCAAAGGACGACUUUUGUGUUUAGAUGGCGGCGGAAUUCGAGGUUUAAUUCUCGUACAACUGCUCUUGGAGAUCGAACGAUUGUCUCAAACGCCGAUAAAUCACAUGUUUGACUGGAUUGCGGGCACUUCAACAGGCGGUAUUCUCGCUCUGGGUCUCGGAUGCGGUAAAACGAUGAUGCAAUGCAUGUGUUUGUAUCUUCGUAUGAAAGAAAUUGCGUUUGUUGGUUCGCGCCCUUAUCCCUCAGACCCGUUGGAACAAGUUUUAAAAGAUAAUUUGGGCGAAUUCACGGUCAUGAGUGACAUUAAGCAUCCCAAAUUGAUGGUAACUGGCGUCAUGGCGGACCGCAAACCCGUCGAUUUGCAUUUAUUCCGCAACUACAAGUGCGCCAGCGAGAUUUUAGGCAUCGUUACGGCAACGAGUAAUCGUCGUGUGCCUCCGCCGCCGCCCGAUAAGCAACUUUUGUGGAGAGCGGCACGUGCAACGGGCGCUGCUCCAAGUUAUUUCCGUGCUUUCGGGCGUUUUCUCGAUGGCGGCUUGAUCGCUAACAAUCCAACGCUCGACGCGAUGACCGAAAUUCACGAAUACAACAUGGCACUGCAAUCCGUGGGACGCGAAAAAGAAGUUGUUCCGUUAUCUGUCGUUGUUUCUCUGGGCACAGGACUUAUUCCGGUAACAGAACUCAAGGAAAUUGACGUUUUUCGACCAGAUAGCAUUUGGGAUACGGCGAAACUGGCUUACGGUAUCUCAGCGCUUGGAAAUUUGUUGGUUGAUCAGGCAACAGCUUCGGAUGGGAGAGUUGUAGAUCGUGCUCGGGCAUGGUGUUCGAUGAUUGGCGUGCCGUAUUUCAGAUUUAAUCCGCAAAUGUCAGUUGAUGUAGUUAUGGAUGAGAAAAGCGAUGCCGUGUUGAUGAAUAUGUUGUGGGAGGCAAAGGCCUAUAUGCACGCGAAUCGCAAUAAAAUUAUGGAAAUGAUUAAUUUAUUGAAAUAAUUUAUUGAUAUUAUAUUGACGUUAUUAAUGUUAAAAAUUUGUAAAACUUUAUAUGAAUGUACUUUCUCAUGUUGUACUACCAAGAAAAUAAAUAAAUAAAUACAAAUUAGA